AUUACAGCAUCUUCUUUUGUACUAUAAGAUUUAAUAAUUAUGAUUAGGAUUUUUAAGCAUAAGAAUGCAGAAUUCCUCAUAGUUUUUGAUUUCUCGAACUGUUAUAGUUAUGCAUAAAGUAUGAUAUCAUAGUACGGAAACAACUGCAUGUUUUCUCAUCAUUUGUGCUACUGUAGUUAUGAUAAUACCCCCUAAUUGGGGAGAAUUAUAUUGCUACAUUCGAUUAAAAAUACGCCUAGACUUUUGAGGGUUGUGUUUUUGAAUUCCUCGUCAAAAUAUGUAUUGGUAAAAUUUACUUUUGUGAAAUCAAACUAUAGUUUCAAUUUUUGCUAAAAUAUGGAGUAUGUAAGUUAUGCUACAACAUCUAUGAGCAGUGAUUUAUCUAAGAAGACUUUGCAAAAGCUGGGCAAAGACAAACUAUCUGAGCCCUUAAGAAGUGAACUGAAACAGGUUAAUGGAGAGUUAGCAGAGGCUACAAAAGAAUAUUUUAAGUACAAAUUUAUUGUAGACUGUGUAAAAAAAUUUCUGGAUCAAAACGUGGAGAAAAAAGUGAAAAACAAGGAUCAAGCUAUUUUAUCGGAUCCACUUUACUUAAAUAUUGUGAAGGAAUAUUCAACUGAGGAUGGCAUUCAACCUUUUGGCAUAACUGAGGACUUUAUUAAUAAAACUAUAAGUAGAAAACAAAAAACUCAAAAAGAAAAAGAAGAACUUAAUAAGUUUAUAAGAGAUGAAAUCAACAAUUUUUGUGUUAAAAUAUCUGAAUAUACUGGCUGUGCACGAAGAUACAGAAAAGCAUUACCAGAAAGAGCCUUUCAAGAAUCUGUGAAAGAUUUAUCAUCUGAAAUAGAUAGUCUUGCUGAUGCCAAAUGCAAGCUUGAAUCUGAUGAAGAAGAGAUUAAUAAUUUGGUUACAAAUUAUUUUGAGAAUCUUAUGGAAGGUGUUUUGAUGCUGAAAAGUUUAAUUUCAUUACAUGAAAAGAAACUUGAAUUUCAUUCAUCAUUGAGAGAUUUAUAUGAAUCAAGACAGAGAACCAUGGCUGCCAAAAUAAACCGCUUUGAGCAUCAAGUUUUGGCUGCUACCUAUCAUAAAAAAAGUAUUGAAGCCUUAUCUUUAAUCAGGGCAGAACUAGAUGAGAGAAAAACAUCACUAGAUAAUGAUAUAAACAGUACCACCGCUAAGCUGCAAGAGUACCUUGUACUCGGACCACAGUACAACAGACUUGUGGAGGAGUAUACUGAAUUACUAAGACAGAUCCAAAAUGAAAAAUGGGCUUUAGAAUCUUUAAAGAGAAGAGAAUCCUUUGGUGCACCUCUGUUUGUUGAAGAGGAAUUAAUAAAUAGUUUUGACCUAGAACGCUCAGUGUUCGAAGAAACAAAGGAUAACUCAACACUGGAGGGAACGGCAGAUAGCUCAAAGUUAGAGGAAACAGCAAAUGGCUCAAAGUUAGAGGAAACAGCAGAUGGCUCAACAUUAGAGGAAACGGCAGAUGUCUCAACGUUAGAGGAAAUGGCAGAUGGCUCAACGUUAGAGGAAACGACAGAUGACUCAAGGUUAGAGGAAACAGCAGAUGGCACAAAGCUAGAGGAAACAGUGGAUGACUCAAAGUUAGAGGAAACAGUGGAUGACUCAAAGCUAGAGGAAACAGUGGAUGACUCAAAGCUAGAGGAAGCAGCGGAUGACUCAAAGCUGGAAGGAAUUUUAUUUAGUUCAACGCUAAGAGAAUCGGUGAGCUGAUCAACGUUAGAGAAAACAGUUGAUAACUCAGUUCUAGAUUAAACUCAAUGUUUGAUAAAAAAAAAA